ACCAGAGCUCAGUGCCCACUGACACACACCCUUACAUACGCUUCUCAGCAGGGCUUUGUAGUACUAUGUGCUCUCCCUCAUGUGUUCUUAUUAUACACAACAGGAAAUACUGGUACAUACUGGUUCAGCCAAAAUCACUUGCCCAAGAACAUUUCCAUUGCGUUUUUCUGCUUUGUCGUUUUUAUACACAUUUAAUAUUCAUAAUUAUACAUACGGCUGGUUCCGUGUAGACGGAUGAGAGUAAAACCCAUCUGGAUUGAGCAAUGGAGCUGCUUCUCUUUCUUCUCAUUCUUACGAUUGCGUCUUCAUCAGUCAUCUCAGCAGGAAAUGACCUCACAAGUACGGCCCUUCCAGAUACAACUUCAUCACCACGGUCUGUUGAUUCAAAAACAGUCCAAACAGAAAAAACUGUGUCUUCUACUGUUUCAUUUCAACAUGAGGAUGUCAUGACCAACCACACCUCAACAACCGUGAGCACAACCACAGCUUCUUUAUCUUCCAGACACUCAGGCGGUACUGAUGGAUCCAGCCUCUCUUCUACAAAUAGCACACCAGAAGUCCAAACAGAAAAAACUGUGUCUUCUACAGUGUCUUCUACUGUUUCAUCUCAACAUGAGAAUGUCAUGAUGACCAACCACACCUCAACAACCGUGAGCACAACCACAGCUCCUUUAUCUUCCAGACACACAGGCGGUACUGAUGGAUCCAGCCUCUACUCUUCAAAUAGCACACCAGUGGGUGCUUACGAACGUCCAAUGACUUCAACAACAGUUAUUUCAAACGUCAGCAUGCCAGAAAUGACGGCAACGCCUUCACAAGCACCAGACAGCAGUCUCACUUUGCUUGCCUUUGGUGUGAUGAGCCUUAUACUCAUUUUAAUUGUUGUCAUGGUGAUCUUGGUGACCGCUAUCAACAUCAGGGGACGGUGUAAAGAUACCAGGCAGCACAAGGGUAUUAAAAGCUAUGACUCUGUGGUAUUGGACAGCAACGUGAGCAGCAACUGUGAGAAAGAGAGCAUCACUCUUGUCUCUGUGAGGACAAUAAACACAGAAAACAAUACAGAUUCUCCUCAGAUCUCUUCAGUUCACAGCACUACAGUGGACAAUGAGGACCAAGAACUUGCCAGAGACUUGCUGGGGAUCAAAGAUGGAGUUUGAUUUCACUCAUUCAUAGUGCAUGGAGAUUGGAGGCUGCAUACUUAUUUUAGAUAUUUAUAAUGUUGAACGAAUGUGAAUUAAUUUGCCUCUACUGAUGGUCAGUGUACAGAUCACACAUAAUGUUUAUUACAUGCAUUGGUGCUCUGCAUAUAAAAAAUAUCAUUAUAUCUGCCAUGCACUCAUAUAUUAAACAGGACUCAGUCGUCAAUAGUAAAUGUCACUUUUUGUGUUUCUCUUCUUUUUUCAGAUAAAAAAGUGCAUUUAUGUCUAAUGUCAAAUAUAAGGCAAAAAGCAAGAUACUGAACAGCUUAAUAAUUAUAAGGUUUUGAGAUAAAAAAAAAGUUCUAUAAAAAAUAUUGCUGUUUUUGUUUUUUUGUAUAUGGCUUUUGUAUAUCGCAAGUGAAUAAAUUUGACAAUGCCAUUUUCACAUUAUAGUGUGGACUCAAGAGGUAUUUAAAAACGAUGCUGCAUGUUUAGUCAUGUGAUGCAUAUUGUACCUAUAGAUAUCUAUGUUUAUACCGGUAUGUGCCUGCUAUGCUGUUCACUUUCAGUGUUGCUAAAGAUAAAUGUUACUUUGAGCAAUGUUCAUAUUACAUUCCUGGAAAGAUGACAUCAGAAAAGCUUUCAAAAGGCUGGUUACAAUAAUAAAUGGUGUAUCUGA